GUGCCCGGUUAUCAGGGCAAUCUGCAGGCCGCCGUUUCCCACAGCUCGGCGCUGGCCGCCUGGGAGCGUUUCGGCGUCGAGUUCAUCCUGACGUUCAUCGUCGUCCUGUCGUACCUGAUCUCGACCAGCUCGUUCAAGAAGUAUUUCGGCUCGUCCGCCAUCGCCAUCGGGGCCACUUACAGUGCCUGCAGCUUCGUAUCGAUGCCGUACCUGAAUCCGGCCCGCUCGCUCGGACCAUCGUUUGUGCUGAACAAAUGGGACAACCACUGGGUGUACUGGCUCGGGCCGAUGGUUGGCGGGGCCGUAUCCGGGCUGCUGCAUGAGUUUAUCUUCUGCCCGAAGCGCUCGCUGAGCCGCUCGAAGGACGACGCCGACUCCAGCCUCAACUCGGAGGAUGACAUCAACUACGACAUGGACCUGGAGAAGCCGGCGCACCAGCAGGGCAAGUACCACCAGUACCGGGCGCCGAGCGGGACACUGUCCGGUAGCCAGCAGCGGUACUGCCAGAGCAUCUACACCGCGGAGCCCACGUCGAAGGUUGAGCGCGUGGAGUCGAUCUACGGCGGGACCAAGUCGAUGUACUGCAAAUCUCCGCCACUGACGCGUGCCAACCUCAACCGCUCGCAGUCGGUGUACGCCAAGAGCAACACGGCCCUGAAUCGAGACUUGCCGGCCCGCUCGGGGCCGCUGGUGCCGGCCCAAAGCCUGUAUCCUUUGCGCGUCACCGCACCCCAGACGCAUCUGCAGAACCAAAACGUCCAGAACCAGCUCCAACAGCGCUCGGACAGUAUCUACGGGAUCCGAGGUUCCAUGCGGCAACCGGUCGGCCCGUCGGAUCGGAUGCCCCAGCCGAUGCCAUCGCACCCACCCGUGGGCGGAACCGUAGAGCAACAGGGCUUCCAGCCGAUCUACGGGACGCGCAACAAUCCUCACUGUUCCACCGAUGCGCUCAAGUUCGACCGCGACCCGAAUAGCCGUGACGACGCGCUGAACUCCAAGUUCGCCCGCGGCACCGGCGGAAAUCGUCCGGAAUCGAUGUACGGUGGACCACGGCGUAUUCACUCGGCCCAAUCGGAUGACAGCUCGUACGGAUCCUACCACGGUCCUGGGCCGGCUCUAACCCCACCGACGCGCAACACCAGCAACAGCAGUAGCACCUUCAACCCCACCAUGGCCACACUGCCGCAGCCCAGCUACGAACGGAAAACGUCCUCGUCCUCGUCGGCCACUCAUCAGCAACAGAAGCAUCAGCAGCAGCAACUCCAGCAACAUCAGCAGCAACCGCAGCCACCUCGCAGUCUGCAGAACUCUUCCAGCAUACAGAACACUAGCCUGCCGCCACCGCCGCUGCACCACACGAUGGCCUACACCAUGCAUCCGGUGCGGCAGAACUAG